UAGAUGACGCGCGCAUCGGACGCCGCGGCAACGUAGCGCGCAACUCCGCCCGCCGAUCGAACGACGCGCUAGUCUACCGCCGACUCUCGGCUGCGUCAAAACAGUUUCACUCAACCGUCGCCGCGGCCAUGUUCGACACGGAACAGUUCAUUCUAGAAGUACAGGCCAGAGAUUGCUUAUGGACAGCCAAAGAAAAAGGGCAUGCAGGCAGACCGAAGCGACAGAAGGCGUGGUUGGAGAUCGCAGAGGUGCUCUAUGCGAAUGAGUGGCACUCAUUAACUAUUAGGCGCAGACAAGAAACCGUGGAUGACCUGCAAAAGAAAUGGAAGCACCUUCGAGACUACUUCAUACGGGAGAGGAAGCGCCGCAAGGACCGGGCUCCCUCGGACGCGGGAGGAAAGCGGAGGAGAACCAAAUUCCUGGACAUGCUGUGGUUCCUCGAAAUGGCCAAAGAAGGCACCGACGAAGAUGACAAGAUAGAUGUGGAAGAAGUAGAGGCCGAAGGAGCCAUCGCGUCACCAGCGCCCCCCAUCGCCUCCCAACCUAGAGAAUACAUAGAGAUUGAACCUUUCUGCGACUCUCAACCGAGACGGAUGGUCCCAACUGACGCUGACACUGACACAGAUAGAUGCUUCCUGCUCUCGCUACAGGGGUACAUGGGAAUGAUGAGCGAGACGCAAAACUUUCAGUUUCGUAUGCAAGUGAUGGAGCUGGUCAGAGGGAUAGUGUUCCAUGAUCCGGAUAGUAUCACUUCUGACCCUUUCAGUUGUAAAGAGGAACAGAAGAAUUAAGUGAAUGGUGUAAACAGCGAUUAAGCGCUGACUGUGGUUCCGAGGGUCCCGGGUUUGAUACCCGGCUGGGGCAGAUAUUUUAUUAAAUAUUUAUUUUAGUUUCUUAGAUAGGUAUGAGUGAAGGAGAGCACCAGGCCCUCUGUUACAUUGAAAGUAACAUAGCGCUGGAAAAAGUGGGUAGUUAGGUAGGUACGCCUCGCAUCUCCCUACUGUUUAGGUACUUGAUGUGUUGUAACGUUGUAAGUACCAUAAAUAAAUAUAGUUACACAUUUGUUCAAGCGGUUUGUUAAUAAUGUGUCAUGGAUUAUGUUAUCUUAUGGUAGUUAGUUGUGAGUUCAGGGCGCCAUCCAUUACUCCAAAUACAUUUUACAAUAAGGAAAGUUCUACCUUGGACGCUCUAACUUUGCCGAUAGACAUCUACAUAGCUACGAUACUUCAGAUAUAACGUAGGUACCUAACUACCUACCUACAUCACUUUCAUUGCUCAUAAAUAUGUCUAUUAAAAUCCACUUUCAUUAAAAACGAGUGUUUUAUUCAAUAGAACGGUCAGAAAAUGGCUAAUUCAGUGUCUGUCUGAAUGGUGGAUGGAGUACAGAAAUAGUUGGUUUCUGAACGUACAUAAGAUUGAUAUGGAACGUGGACGGCUGGCGAGUCUGACACGGCAAUCAGACUAAUGGCUGCACAUCAGAUAAAGUUACUGAAUCAG